GGUCGGCUAUUAUUCCUAACCAAUCUAAUCUAAAGUCUACUCUAGUCUACUCUUUCCCACGCCCUCUCGCCGGAGAAACCCAAGAAUGGGAAGGUCUCCCUGCUGCGAGAAAGCUCACACCAAUAAAGGUGCUUGGACCAAAGAAGAAGACGAUCGGCUCAUCACCUACAUCCGAACGCACGGUGAGGGAUGCUGGCGUUCGCUCCCAAAAGCCGCCGGCCUCCUCCGUUGCGGCAAGAGUUGUCGGCUCCGUUGGAUCAAUUAUCUCCGACCCGAUCUCAAGCGCGGAAAUUUCACUCACGAAGAAGACGAUAUCAUCAUUAAAUUGCACAGCCUCCUCGGCAACAAAUGGUCGCUAAUUGCGGGAAGACUGCCUGGUAGAACGGACAACGAGAUAAAGAAUUAUUGGAAUACCCAUAUUAAAAGGAAGCUUCUGAACAGAGGAAUAGACCCGGUUAGCCACCGCUCCAUGAACGAGGCGUCGAUAUCAUUGGCGCCGCCGCCGGCUCAAUCCCUUGAUGAAGAGAAGAAAGAAGAAUCGGAAGGAAACCCAGAAGAGAGAUGCCCUGACCUAAACCUGGAGCUGAGAAUCAGCCUGCCGCUUCAAGACGCAGACCUAAUUCUUAAACAUAAUCAGCAGCAAAAGCAGUCAUCUAUAUCUGCUUAUGACUUUUUAGGAUUAAGAUCAGCGGCUGUUUUCGAUUGCAGAGUCUUGGAGAUGAAAUGAGAUGUUUUCUAUUUUUCUUAAUUCUAUAAAUUUUACAUACCUUCCCUACUAUACACUAUCCAAAGGAAAAUUCUUCAUAUUUUGCUCU